AUGAAGUCGUUCUUUUCACCCAGAGUCUUACAGACGUCUCGAAUUUUGGCUAAAAGAGCUGCCGGUCAUUCUUCUCGCCCAACCGUCUUAAAGGCUGGAUUUUUGCCUACUCCCGUGGUUUUAGCCUUGGGUUUGACUGGUGCUGCUGUGGGAGGCUACUACUUUUUCGAUGCUCGUUCUGCCUUUCACGAGUACGUUUUGUGCCCCCUUAUUAGAACCUUUACUGACGGGGAACAGGGCCACAAGUUGGGUAUCUUGUUUAUGAAGUUGGGUGUAUCUCCUAGAUUGUACAACGAAUACAACACUGAUCAAACUGAUAUCUUGGGUGUCAACGUGUUUGGCACAAGAUUGAGAACUCCCAUUGGCUUAGCUGCCGGCUUGGACAAGGACGGUGAAGCCAUUGAAGCUUUGUUCAACUCCGGAUUUUCUUACGUCGAAAUUGGAUCUAUCACUCCAUUGCCCCAACCAGGUAACCCCCAACCCAGAUUCUUCAGGUUGCCCAGAGACGAUGCUGUGAUCAAUAGAUACGGCUUCAACUCUACGGGCCACUUCAAUGUGCUCGCCAACUUGAAAAUUAGAUUCAAUAAGUUGUUGAACCUGUUUGAAACUAGUCAUUCGGCUGAAAUCUCACCUCCUUCCAACGCCUUUAGGGAUGGAAAGUUGCUUGGAAUCAACUUGGGCAAGAACAAGACUGGAGACGAAGUGGAAGACUACGUUAAGGGUGUCAACAGAUUAGGUCCCUACGCUGAUGUUUUGGUGGUUAAUGUUUCUUCUCCCAACACUCCUGGUUUGAGAGACUUGCAAAACGAAAAGAAGUUGACUCAUCUUUUGACUAGUGUAGUCAAAGAAAGAAAUGUCUUAGGAACCAAUUUGUUGGGCAAGAAGCCUCCCGUGUUAGUUAAGGUAGCUCCAGAUUUGACAGAGCCAGAAAUUGAAUCAAUCGCCAACUCAGCUAAGGACGCAAAAGUCGACGGGAUUAUUAUCUCCAACACCACCAUACAAAGACCAGCAGAACUGAUGUUGACAACUGAUAAGGAAUUGAUCAAUCAGACUGGAGGUUUGUCUGGAAAGCCUUUGAAGCCUUUCUCGUUGAAGGCGUUGCGAAUUUUGAGAAAGUACACUAAGGACUCUGACUUGGUUUUGAUUGGCUGUGGCGGUAUUUCCAGUGGUAAGGAUGCUCUCGAGUUCGGUAAAGCUGGUGCUACCUUUAUCCAGUUCUACACUUCUUUUGCCUACAAGGGUCCAGGCUUGCCAGCCAAGAUCAGAGACGAACUCGCAGAUGAGUUGAAGAAGGAAGGGAAGACCUGGGAGCAGAUUAUCGGGGAAGACGACAAAUAA